AUGAACGAGCACAAACAAGUACUUGCGCAACAAUUAGACGAGCUUAUUCUUGAUCAUGAUCAAUUACAACAAUCAAGUGAAUCAUGCCAUUAUUUGUCCAUAACAAAAAUUGAUGAAUGGGAACAGGAAUCUAUUGUAAAGAUUCAUCAAAUGGCUGAUAAACUUCGACAGGAACUAAAAAUAAAAGUUGAAAAACAUAGAAAUCAAUUUUCACAACGAUUGAAACAAUUAUCGGAAGAAUUAAAAAAAACUCGAAGUGACAAUGACUUUAUGGAAAGCGAUUUACAGCAACUAUUGAAUAAAUUUAACAAACUUAAAAUUUAUGUGGCAUCUUCACCGACAAUUCAUUUUCAAGAUGAUAUAUUAAUUUCUAAAAUUUCUAUUUGGCAAAUACCAGAUGAUGUUUUUGACAUGUUUUCUGGGGACUUAACAAUCAAGAACGAUGGUCAAGUUGUUGAACAUGGUCCAUCAGUUUGUCAUGCAAGUAUUCGAGGAAGUGAUGAAUAUAGUUCAGGUCAACAUCGAUUCCUAUUCAAAAUUGAGUCUUACAAUAUUAAUAAAUGGAUCUUCUUCGGUGUUAUUUCACAUACAGCAAAAAUGCAAUCGAAUACUUGGGCAAUAUCAUCAAGCUAUGGAUGGGGAGGACAAGAUUGUACUAUUCUUAAUUGCGCAAUGCAUUCAGGUCUCGAUGGCUAUUCUUGUGACUUUGAACUGAACGAUAUUAUAGAAUUAUUAUUGGAUUGUGACAAUCGAAUCAUUCGACUGACAAAUCAACGUACACAACGUACACACACGAUGAAUAUUGAUCUUGUUAAAUGUCCUUUUCCUUGGCAUUUUCAUCUCAAUCUAUUCUAUCCAAAUGAUCGAGUACGCAUUUUAUGUAAGGAUAAUCGAUAG